AUGAGUGAUUUUUUCUUUGAUCAUGGACUCCAAGAAAGAGAAGAACAGAAAGAAGAAGAGAAAAACGUGGAGAUCAAAGAAGAAUCUGAUAACGAGGAGCAUCAAAGGGAAAACGAGGAGGAAGAAGUGAGAGAAGAAACUCAAGUGCUAAGACGUAGUGACAGACCGAGGGUUAAGCCAAGAUAUCUCGAGGAUUAUAUUCUCCUUACGAUCGAAGGAGAGAUGUUACUUGUAUGUCUUAACAACGAGCCACAAAAUUACAGGGAAGCAAAAGAAUCCAGAGAGUGGACACGUGCGUGUGAAGAGGAGAUUAGCUCGAUUGAGAGGUUCAAAGUAUGGGAUCUUGUUGAUCUACUUAUCGGAGUAAAACCGAUUGGGCUAAAGUGGGUUUUUGCUCCAGUAGCAAGACUUGAGACGAUAAGGCUUCUUAUUGAUCUUGCAGCUUCUCACGGUUGGGAGAUAUACCAUCUUGACGUCAAGACAGCCUUUCUCCAUGGAGAGUUAAAGGAAACUGUAUACGUAUGCCAACCAGAAGGAUUUGAGAAAGAGGGAAGCGGAAGUAAAGUUUACAAGCUCAAUAAGGCGCUUUAUGGAUUGAGACAAGCACCAAGGGCGUGGAACAAUAAGUUGAAUCAGAUUCUUGUUGAGCUUCAGUUCGUUAAGUGCUCGAAGGAACCAUCUGUCUACAGGAAGCAAGUGAAGGAACAUCUCCUCGUUGUAGGUGUGUACGUAGAUGAUUUGUUUGUGACAGGAACAAGUCUUGAACUCAUCACGAGUUUUAAACGGGAGAUGGCCUUGAACUUUGAGAUGAGUGAUCUCGGGAAAUUGACGUACUAUCUUGGUAUCGAAGUUCUCCAACAUCAGAACGGGAUAACUUUGAACCAAACACGGUAUGCUCAAAGGAUCUUGGAGGAAGCCGGGAUGAAAGACUGCAACAUGGUGCACACUCCUAUGGAGACCGGACUAAAUUUCUCGAAAGCUGAGAAUGAAAAGGAGAUUGAUGCAUCCCUCUUUCGGAAACAUGUGGGAUGUUUACGAUACUUACUCCACACAAGACCAGAUUUGUCUUAUGCAGUUGGGAUCUUGAGUAGGUAUAUGCAAAGUCCGAGGGAAUCAUAUGGUGCAGCUAUGAAGCAGUGCUUAAGAUACUUAAAAGGAACUACAACUUAUGGUUUGACGUUCGUGAGAACAAGUGUGCCAAAGCUCAUAGGCUACAGCGACAGUAGUCAUAAUGUUGAUGAAGAUGAUGGGAAGAGUACUGCAGGUCAUAUGUUUUAUCUUGGAGAAGGUCCGAUCUCAUGGUGUUCCCACAAACAAGAUGUCGUUGCCUUGUCUUCGUGUGAAGCAGAAUUCAUGGCAGGAACAGAAGCUGCAAAGCAAGCAAUAUGGUUAGAAGAGCUACUUUGUGAGAUUAUGGGUUCGUCUAGUGAGAAGGUAACCAUUCGUAUCGACAAUCGUUAUGCAAUUGCCCUUACAAAGAACCCAGUCUUUCAUGGUAGAAGUAAGCAUAUAUAUAGGCGAUACCACUUCAUUCGAGAAUGUGUAGAGAAUGGGCAGAUUGAGGUCGAGCAUGUUCCCGGAAGCAACCAGAAGGCAGACAUCUUGACAAAGGCACUUGGGAAGAUCAAGUUUAGAGAAAUGAGAGAACUCAUUGGAGUUCAAGACCUAGAGAAAAUGAGAUUCAAGCUUAAGGGGGAGAAUAUUCGAGUAAGCUUGAAAGAAGCUUGA